AUGGAUUCCUCUGCUGAUAAAGACUUUCUGUCACACGGGUUCAGUUGUCAGCCAUUAUACACUACAGGACAUUAUUCUUUAAGAGCUGAACCUACAACUAAAACCUCCAAUGAAAAUGACGACCUUGAGCAGGAUCAGUUGAGGACUUUUAAUGACUCUUCAUGGUCUUAUUGUGACAUUUCAUCAGCCCAGUCAAAGGGCACUUACAAUUCAAGUUCUAAUUUUAUCCAGAGUGCUGCUUCUGAAAAACAUUCACAAAAGCCCCAAACCUUGCAAGAACAGUAUUGGGCUUGUGCAAUUCCUAACACUCCUCCACCUCGUCCUGACAGGGAUUCUCCAAACUGGGACCCAAAUAAAGAGUACCAGGACUUGCUAGAUUAUACAUAUCCAUUGAAUCCAAAGUACUUUUUGAAUAAGGGUAAUGAAGAAGCAGUAGCAGAUGGGUUUUUGCAAGAUUCUGGAAUAGAUAUUGGUAGCUAUAAUCUGUCAUGUGAAAGUAAGUUUGACUCUUUUGGCUCUUCAUAUCGAGAAGAUUAUAAACUAAAGACUGGUAGUUCUUCACAUACAAACGGCCUGAAAUCACCACAUGCCUUUUCAACACCUCUGUGUAGAAGAACCGCUCAUCGCAGUUUAUGGAACCCCUCGGAGUCUUCUCAUUUAACAUCCUAUGGGGACCUCUCGCCUUAUACCAGCAAAGUAGACCUUGCUAAGGAGUCCACAGACUCUUUUUGUCUUCCUAAAUAUAAUGUGUUUGAUAAACUGUUGACAACAGACAGGUCUGCUAGAGAAAGUUUACAAAAGCCAGCUCCGUUUCUGGCAAGCACAAGUGUAUUACCAAAACAGAAGGAUCUGGAUAGUGAUGAGGAAUAUCUUUCCUUACCACCUUCCCUGAAAGAGUUGGACACUUUAGCUGCCCAUCUGAAGGACCUUUCAUUAGAAGUAGGUCAGGCCGGAAGCACAAAUUGUGAUCAAGCCAAUUCUAGUAAACGGACAUUGGAUUUGUCCGGUAUUGAUGUAGAUCAAGGAUUAUUGGAUUCAUUGAAGAGCAGAACCACAAGUGAUGACUUCAAAGAUCUAAGCUUUGUAUGUCAAUUGUCAACUUGCCAAAAACACAACUCUGAAAUAAAAAGGUUUUCCUCUCUAAGGGACAUGCUUGAUGGUGGUAAUUCAUCACUUGUAGAACUGAUUAGAUGGCCAUCAAUGCCAAAUAUACAAGACAAUAAAUCCCUCGUCCAAAGGAUUCAGAAAUUCUGUCUUCAGUUGGACAAGUUGAUACAAUGGCUGUACAGUGUUGCGGAAGUAACAGACAACUGGACCGCCCCAAAGCCUAGCAUGGAGAGCAUACAGCUGUCACUCAACCUUUACUUGAAAUUGAAGAAGGAUGUUGUGGAGCAGAGAACACUGGCUAAUGCAAUUCAGAAGGAAGGAGAGUCCCUGGUGAAAUGUUUGGCAGUUAAUUCCUCUGUUCUGAAGGACACCCUGGCAUUAAUUUCCAAACAAUCUGGAGAACUUGAAAAACACACUGAGCGCCUGUAUGCAUCUGUUCUUGAAGCUAUGGAUACCGUCACUGAUAAAGGCUUGGGGAGGAACAGUAACCCAAAACAACCAGUUUCCCUGGAGAUGGAGUCAAGUUAG